AUGGGCUUGAAAGCAGUGGUUUUGUCGGCUCUUAGCCUUGUUGCUUUGACAAAUGCGUCUGCUAUCGACGCACGAACAAACAAGCCAGCAAACACCCAAUACUACAACUCAAAGACUUCUCAAUACUAUGUUGAGCCAAAAGGCAUUCCCGAAGUUUCAUUUGAUGUUGGCGAAAGCUACGCCGGUCAGAUCCCAGUUGAUCUGAAAAAGAACGGGUCCAAAGACUCCAAGUUCUUCUACUGGUUCUUCCCAACUGUUAACCCAGCUGGUAAAGAUGAUGUUGUUAUUUGGUUCAACGGUGGUCCGGGAUGUUCUUCUCUGGAAGGCUUCAUCCAAGAGAACGGCCCUUUCAAAUGGCAGUACGGAACAUACAAGCCUGUCCCAAACGCGUGGUCAUGGCAUAAACUAGCCAAUGUCAUCUGGGUCGAAUACCCCAUUGGCACGGGCUUCUCAACCGGUCCUGUCACAGCUCACAACAACACCCAGACAGCAGACGAAUUCGUCAAAUGGUGGAAGAAUCUCGUCGACACUUUCAGCCUCCAAGGCAAGAAGAUUUACGUGACCGGUGAAUCCUACGCCGGUGUCUACGUUCCCUACGUCGGAGCUGCCAUGCUCGACAAGAAGGACAAGAAGUACUACGACGUCCGGGGCGCUUUGUACUAUGAUCCCGUCAUGCCGUACGCUGACGAGCUUCACCUCGACAAGGCAGCUUUCCCAGCCUUCUUCAGACAUUGGGAGAGUGUCUUUGCCAUUCCCAAUAAGAACAAGAAGAUCCUCGAGGACGACAAUGAGAAGUGUGGGCUGGACAAGUAUCGUGAAGCGCAUCUGACAUACCCUCCUCCUUCAAAGCCGUGGAAGUCUGUCCCGUCUAAAGGAUGUGACAUCACUUCUCACUUUGACGAGAUCAUCCCCGUCAUCAACCCCUGUUUCAACGUUUACCACGUCCAGGAUACCUGCCCCGUUCUCUGGGAUAUUCUAGGCUUUCCUUCAGUCGAGUAUGUUGCUCCUGGCGCAUCGAUCUACUUCAACCUUCCCAACGUCCGCAAAGCCAUCCAUGCCCCCUCAGCUCCCCAGAACUGGACAUCUUGUUCCGGCCCAGUCUUCGUCAAAGACGAUCCUCACUACGAUCCAGCCGAGCACGAGAAGAAGUUCCAAACGCUUGUCGAAAAGACAAACAACGUCAUCAUUGGUUCUGGUAUGGCAGACUACAUCAUCACAUCCAACACAACAGCGCUUGCGGUGCAGGGACUUAAGUGGAACGGCAAGCAGGGAUUUCAAAAGGCGCCUAGUCAAGAGUUUGUUGUACCAAUCAUAAACAACACUGCAUUGAACACCGAAAACUGGGCUGGUGGAAGUGUACAGGGAGAGGUGCACUCUGAGAGAGGGUUUACUCUCGCUACGGUCAAGACUAGCGGUCACAUGGUGCCUCAGUAUGCACCUCCUGCAGCUUUUAGACAGCUUGAACAUUUGCUUGGACGGGUUGAGUCGUUGACAGAGCCAGAGCCAUUUUCGAUCAACAUUUCUACUUCUUUCAAGUGGCCGUACUAG